GCACCUGAAGCACACCGACCUGAUGACUGAGGACGCUCAGAAGAAGUCCACGGAGAAGGGCAUACGGCUGCUCCUGGAUACUCUGAAGGAGGCGAUAGCGGCCGAGCAGCCGGGUAAAAUCAACGAGUUGUUCCUCACCGCCUUCUACAGCCCGGCUGUUUGGAGGCGCCCGGCCGAGAAUAUGCAGCAGUCCAUUAUUCGACGUGAGCAAGACUUCAAGAGAUUGGAGGACGUACUGGCUGGCUCUUCCGUGCCCGCCAACAUCCGGGCAAUGAGGGACUUCCUUGGAUGCUCGAGGGGAGCCUCCUCCCUCGAUUUGCCACCUCGCCCUCCAAAGGGGUUCGGCAAGGCUCGCCGCCAGACUGCCCUUGUGGCCGAGAUUGACAGCGAGGAGGCCCUUGAUGAUGGCGACGCCGGCCCCGAUGAGGUUUAUGAGGUCGCCGAAUAUGACCAGGACGGCCAGGAGGACGAGGGCGACGGUACGUUCGACACUUGGGUCCAGGCUGAUCUCGAGGACCCGGAGGUCGCAGAGGCCCUGGCUACCUUGAUGCAGAAGAGGCCCCAGCACAAGGAGUCGCAGAAGGGCGCCACCGGAAAUCCGGCCGUGCAGUUUCUGAAGUCGGUGACCCCCUGCACAGCUUGCGGCAUGAAAGGUCACUGGCAGGGUGAUGAGGCCUGUCCCAAGCGGAAGCCAGGAAAAGGGCAAGGAGCCAAGACGAAGAGGAAACCGGCCCCCAAGAAGGUGCCGGGCAAGACCACCUACUUUGUGCUGUCCCCGGACCUUGAAGAGGGCGACGGCGCAGGCCAGGCCUACUACACGGACCUCCUGGCAGACCCGGGCGGCAAGGAGUCCCGACCGAGAUUUUCGAAUGUUGCCGAGCAUGACGCCCCGGCCCUUGAGCACGAAGCCCUGGUGAACCUCAGGACGAACUUGUGUGAGCACGCGUCUUCCAAGGGCGGCCGCGAGAAGAAGUUCCACCGCGCCGCCAACGGCCACAUGAGGAGCAUCAUGUGCAAGGAGCCGGAGUGCGAUAAGGCCGUCAUCCAGGCCAAAAGGAAGGAUGGUGUUUCCCUCUGGUCCUUCCUGGUGCAAGUGGCUUUGUGUACUUUGUGGGGGUCAAGGGCCAGGUCAAGGGCACUGUUUGCUCGAGUCGGCCAGGUGCGAGCAGAAGCCCUCUCUGAAAGAGAGGCGUUGGCACGAGAAGCAGCCCGAGAACGUGAUGAAGACGCUCGGGCCCAACGGCUUCAGCUUGACCGCGGCUAUGGCUUGGGACGCCUGGCGGACGAUGAGUCCCCCACUUCUGGCUGGAAGCUCGUCGUGAACCAGUCGGGCGCCACUUCCUCUCAUGAUGUGCCGCCCGUCGCACGGAUCGUCCGGUCCGAGCUGCAACCACUAAGGGCUUGGGUAUAUGGCGUGUGCCUCUCUACGGCGACGGAGCUCCCGAAGUUCCCCGAGCUCGCCACAGAGGACCAGGACAUCCUUAUGCCUCUCCCUUCGGAGGUGACCUUGUGCGGGACUGAGCCCCCUUUCUGUGGUUCCACCUUCGGCCAGGUGAGCUCUUGUGCGGAGUCGGCCUGGUGCUGCUCCCAGGUGAUGACCUUUGCCUUGGGAAAUAACCCGAUGCACCCCGAUGUCUACCGCUUCGCCUACUUUCUCUACUGCAAGCUCAAGCUGCUGAGAGAGGCCAUGGUUUACUCCCAGCAUGCCGGCGACGCACGGGAAGGCUUAAAGCGAGACCUCCUCCCGGGCGACAUGGUGACGAAGCGAACCUUGAGGGUGCCUGUGUGCAUGGACCCCGCUCACCCCGAGCUUGUUGUGGAGCACGACUGCGAGGUCAUGGUCCAGGAAGUGAUCGACUCUCUUCCCGAGCCGGACGGCGAGGUCAGCCCGGGUGGCUGGGUCCCCGAAAAUUUCACCACGGCUCCUGAGGAUCCGCCGGGCCUUGUCAUCCUCGACUCUGGGUGCACCCGUACCAUGCAUGGCUCAGGUUGGGCCGAGGGUUUCGAGAGCCAGCUCCGAGCACUGGGCCUGGCGGUGCACGAGGUCGAGAAGACCCAACGCUUCCGCGGUGUCGGCGGCAUGUCCCUGAGCACCGUGACCAAGAUCUUUCCGAUCGGGAUUCAGGGCGUGCACGGCGACCUCUACAGUGCCGAGGUGGAGGGCAAUCUGCCGCUCCUCCUGUCGCGCCCCUUCAUGCAUGAGCUGGGGGCGGUCCUUGACCUCGGCGCCAACACCGUUUCCUUUCACAGCUUGGGCGUGGUCGACCUCCCACUCGUGAAGACCCAGAGGGGACACAUAGCCGUGAACCUGCUGGACUUCGACACCGCCAAGCUGGAUGAGUUCGAGGACGGGCCGCCCGACUUCAACCACGUUCGUACCAUCUUUGCUGCCGAACCCGACGUGGACCAGUUCCCCGACACGGCCGCUGACACACCAGCCCCGGCACGGAGCACGGAAGUGACGGCCUGGAUGCAGGAGACGCAAGCGGAGAUCGAGGAGCACCAGGCUGGAAUUGGCAGCCAACGGGGGACGUCUCGGAGCUUCCCCCUGACCGUCAACGGCGACAAGCAGGUGAUGCGCAAGGCCUCCUCCAAGAAGGGCAAGAAGAUCCUGGCGAUGACGGCCGCGGUGGACGCCCUCGACACCCAGAACUACUACAUCCUUCGGGGCAAGCCCAGGGUAACCCACAAGCCGCCCUAUGGUCGAGUGUGGGUAAAGCACCUCUUUGCUCGUCACCCUGGGUUCUCCUUGCUUUGUGCGGCGCUCGGCCUGGCGCUGGGUGCUCCCUUGGACGAGUCCACGGCCGGGUGGCGAAGCACCACCUCCGAUGGCAGGAGACAGCUCAACAACGACCUCCGCACCGAGGACCCCUACCUGCUGGUGGUCACACCUCCUCUACUACCACACGGGAGCUGGACAAUCAACGACCUAGGGCGCGACCGGCCAGCAGCACUUACUUCUGAAACGCUGCAGCUACAACAGACCAAGGUCCUGCGCCUGCUGAACAAGGUCGUGCGUGAUAGGGUCAAGGCUCGGCGCCACAUCAUCCUUGAGGAGCCUCCCGGUGCUGAUUGGCUGGCCGACCCUGAGAUGAAGGAUGUUGCGGCCAUGGUUCGGAGCGGCGAGCUUGAGGCACACUGUCUCGAGUCGUGCGGUCAUCCCUCGUGCAAGCCGGUGACCCUGAUUACCUCGAUGAUCGCCGCCACCGACGUGAUGGGCAAACGGACCUUUCCAGCCGAGGUUCGGGAAGAACAGGACACCAAGCGGAGGCGAAGGACGGGCCGCCAAGCAGUCCUUAUGCCACAAUAUGGAGCACCUCCUGUGUACCUCCGGCCGGCCGCUCCUCCACAACUCGCUGCUCAAGGUGAUGAACGCACGCUUGGCGAGCUCGUGGGGAUCGAUCCUGACGCUGGACCGCCCGAUGAUGCAGACCUACGUGCGGCACGGGCUGCCCAACUUGAGCCUGACCUUAGUUUCUCUGAGAGCGACAGGCGCCGAAGAUGGCUGGAGAUCGACUCCAACGUCCGCAAGGUGCUUCGUGACCUCCACGUGCAGUUCGGGCACCCCACGAAUGUGACGUUGCAGCGCAUAUUGCGGCGUCAAGAUGCCAAGAUUGACGCGAUCAAGGGGUUCAACUUCCACCUCUCCUUGGAUGUUUUCUACGCCAAGGACGUUGCAAUGACCCUCUUCGCCAUCGUGUGCGAGGCCACCGGCUUCCAAGUGGUGUCCUGUCUUGGACAAUCACAGGGCCCACCGGCCGGCAAGGUCGUGUUGCGACACUUCCUGACCUCCUGGAGUUCCUGGGCCGGGCUGCCACACUCAAUCCAGGUCGACCGCGGCAAGGAGUACCUGGCUGGCGUCGAACAAGAGACCAUGCCUUUGGAGGCUCCCUGGAAGCAGGGCCGUGUGGAGAAAGCCGGCGGUCUGUGGAAGGAGGUUUUCAAGCGGGCGGUGCACGAUAUGCAGCUAGAGGGCAUCGAUAAUAUGGUCCUGGCGUCUUCGGUGGUGACUCAAUGCCGGAACUCCUUCCCCCGAUCGUCGGGGUACUCGCCCAAUCAGUGGGUUCUGGGCCGGCCCGAGAUCAGACUCCCGGGCUCUCUUUUACAAGAUGGCGAGAAGCAGAAGCUUGAGGUGCUGGAAGGUUCCACCAGGAGCGUCCAGGCUCUACAAGUGACACGGGCCAGCCAGGGUGAUUGGUGUGUCCCGAACCUCUUGCCACCUGUUCCUGAAGUACCAGACGACGGCGGCCUAUUUGACGCAGUGGAGACCACAGUCCAUCGAGAUCCCACGCAAGACCAAAGGACGGGUGGGGUCAUGGACGUUAGCGACAGCCAAGGUCAAGCCCAACCAGUUGGGGCCUUAGUCCCUCGAGAUUCCGCGCAAGACCAAAGGUCGUACCUACCGCUGAAGUUCUACUUGAAGUGCCACCACAAGCUCCUCUUGAACCAGUGUUUGGUGAACCUACCGCAUUCCACCGACAGGCCCUACUUUGUUGAGGAUGAGCUGGCGGAGGAGGACCAUCUUCCUGAGCCGGCCGAUGUUCUCCUUACGGGCAAGGCCGUCCGAUCUAAGAUCAAGUUAGCGAGCCUCAGCCAGGGAGACCGGGAGAAGUUCCAUGAGGCCAUGGCGAAGGAAUGGGCAUCAUGGCAAAAGUUCGGUGCUGUGGAGACGCUCACCCCUCAGCAGGUGAAGGAGUUGCCGCCCGGCACGAAGAUUGUCGGCACGAGGUGGGUCCACACCGACAAGAACCAGAAGCCUCGUCUCCUUGCUGGCCACAUCGCUAAGAAGACCGGGAAAUCGAAGAGCCAGCUCGAGAAGGACUUCCCCUUCCAACCGAAGAGCAGAUUCGUCGUACAAGGAUGCCAGGAGGAGGACCCAGGAUCUAUAAGGUCCGAUUCCCCUACUGCCUCCUUGCUGGCCUUCAACCUCCUGUGUGCCAUCGCGGUGAUGCAAAAAUGGGUAAUAGCAGCCAGCGACGCUUCAACAGCCUACUUGCAGUCACAGGGAAUCAACCGCUUGUUGAUUCUGCGACCGCCACGGCCACCACCACCGGGAGUGUCACCCCACGACCUCUUCCGAGCCAAGGGCUCAAUUUACGGUACCAAGGAUGCCGGCCGGUCGUGGUGGAAGAAGCUCUUCCGCUCACUGCGGAGGCACGGCUGGGUGAUGUCCCGGAUCGAGGCCGCACUCUUCUUCUUGUUUGACGCCGGAGCCUUGGUUGGGAUAUACCUCAGCCACGUCGAUGACCUUUUCAGUGCCGGGGAAGGAGCUAAGUACGAAGGUUCCUUGGCCAAGCUGGAAACCGAGCUGCACCUCAAGGUGGACCAGUUCGACGCCAUCGAGGGUGUAGACUACAUGGUCCUGGAAAAAUCCCGAAGGAAGCAGCCCAACCAGCCGCUCACCGAGGAUGAGAAGUCUCAGUUUCGAGGCCUGAUCGGCCAGAUGGGGUGGAUUGUUAGGCAGUCAAGACCCGACUUGAUGGUGAACGUGAGCAUCGCCUCACAAAGCCUCGGCAAGCCCUGCGUGCGGGACGUCAUCGACCUCAACAAGGCCGUGAAGAUGAUGAAGGAGACGGCCGACGCAAAGUGGUGUUUCCGGGAGUCUGCCAUCACCCUUGAGUGCUGCAAGGUGGCAUGCUUUGCGGACAGUUCCUGGGCCAACCUGGAGGGUAUGAAGUCCCAGUGUGGUUUUGUGGUCUACCUGACAAUAGACGAGAUCAAGGGUGGAGGCCUGGCCCCCAUCUGGGUGCUCGAGACGUAUAGCGGCAGCAUCAAGCGUGUCUGCCGGAGCACGUUGGCAGCCGAGGCGAAUGGCUUCUUGACUGGGGUAGAAAGCGCGGAGUACGUCAGGGACCUGUUGUUAGAAGUCACCAACCCGGGAACCAAGCUGAUCGACAUGGACCGCUACUACCUCAAGGAAAAGAUCCUCGCCUUCACGGACGCCAAGAGCCUCGAGUCUACCCUCAACCGGGACACAGGACAACCCCAGGAUAAAAGGGUCCGGAUCUUGGUGGCCCAGAUCAAGGAAAUCCUGGGCGAGAACGAUUACAAUGAUGAGCGAGCGAGUGCCUACGCGAUUUGGGUGGACACCUCCCAGAUGCUGGCGGAUGUGCUUACCAAGGUCGGCUGUGAAAGAGAGCCACUGUUGGAGGCACUUCGCACCGGACAGUGGCGCUUGGAGCCCUACGAGGAGGCUCGGCUACGAAAGCAGGCCAUACGACUUGGAAGGCAAGUUCGGAAGGCCAAGCUCAAGGGCAACGAAGAUGUUUCGACAGUGUAA